UGCGCCCCUCAGAUCAACUAUCAGAUGGUUGCAUUUCCUCAUCAGUACGGACCGCAGACAGGCUUUUCCGGUCAUUCUGUGGGUCCCGGUGAUCGCUGCUGCUGCUGUGAUGAAGAGGAUGAGACUGUCCUGUAGCGGAUCAUCUCCAAGACCGGACUGUUGACGACUCUCCCCUUUUCUCUUCGGAUCUUAAGAAACCGACAAAAAGCUCCAUGACUCUCCACUGUGAAGACUAGAACACAUCCAGACUGCUGUAGUUUAUAAUCCUGACAGGAUGGGGGGGUCACUCUGGAUUUCCCAUGGUGCCACCGAAGUGUUCAGAGGAAGGAGCUUCAUCACAGUUCUACCUCUGGCUUUAUUGUUGUCAACAGUGAGAGUCAGUGCACAGUUAAUAGGAAGCCCUCUGGACUGCAAGACUUGUGUGUGCGCCAGCAACAUCGUCAGCUGUACCAAAAUGAAUCUAACCAACGUUCCCACCACUCUUCCACAAUAUACAGCUGUUCUGGACCUCAGCUUCAACACCAUUACCAAGCUACGUGCUGAGUGGACCACCAAAACACUCAGCAGACUACACAGUCUGCUGCUGAGCCACAACGGCCUCACCUUCCUCUCGUCCGAGGCGUUUGUGUAUGUGACAAAGCUACGUUACUUGGACCUUUCCUCCAAUGGCAUCCGCCAGCUGGACGAGUUCAUUUUUGAGCCGCUGGAGCACCUGGAGGUGCUGCUGCUUUACAGCAACCGCAUCUCUCAGAUAGAUCGCACUGCCUUCUCUGGCCUCGUCAACCUGCAGAGGCUCUACCUGAGCCAGAACCAGAUCUCACGUUUCCCUUUGGAGCUGGUGAAGGAGCGGAGCCGGCUGGAAACUCUUAGACUCCUGGAUGUGUCCUCCAACCGAAUCAAAGCCCUGCCCCUCUAUGAGCUUCAGGCUCUGCCCGCCUGGAUCAAGAAUGGCCUGUACUUCCACAACAACCCUCUGACCUGCAGCUGUGAGGUGCAUGACAUGGUGGCACGGUGGUACCUCAAGGGGCUCAGCUCAGCCACGGACUUCAAGGGCAGCCACACAUGUGUGUUACCAGGCCAACAGAAAGAGAAAAUGGUCAUACUGGACCUGGACAAGGUCUAUUUGAACUGCAGUGAGGUCAAAAUGAUGGACAAAGAAAGCUAUCUGGAGCAGUUCCUGCUCCUGGACUGUGACACCAGGGAGAAGGACAUGAAGAAGAGCUGGGCGCUGCCUGGAAACAUCCCACUGUCUCCAGCACACAAGACUGCUUUGAUGCGUCCAGAUGGCAGCCUCCAGAUUGGACCCCUGAAGGCAGAGGACUCAGGGGUGUACACCUGCUAUGCCACCAGUGACUCAUUUAAUGAGACGCUACAUGUAUCUGUAAUGGUGAUUAAUUCCACCAAGAGUGGUGGACUGGAGAACCUAAAAACGGCCUAUACCACCCUCGUAGCAUGUCUGGUCAGUUUAGUUAUGGUUCUCAUCUACCUCUAUCUCACACCCUGCCGCUGCGCCUGUUGUCCAGGUCAGGGCCUGAAUAAAAGCGAUCCCAGAGACAGCCUCCACUCUUCAACUGUUAGUAUCACUCAUACACACGAGGAGACGGGGCAAGAAAGAAUGGAAGGCGGGGGCUUCGCCUACAGACAUGUGGCCUUCCUGCAACCCAAGGACCAGCUGGAGCAGAACGGGAGGUUGAACCCAAUAGGCGAGGAAGACGAGGAGUGGCAGGGGGACAGCAGGGAGAGAAGGAGGUCUGACGCAGAGUCUGUCAGCUCUGUGUGCUCCGAUACCCCCAUGGUGGUGUAAAAGGGUAAGACAGUGACGGCUCGAACCAUGUGGCUGCUCCACAGAGCAAGAGUGCAAGAAUCAAAAGCUUUAGUUGGCUCUUAGAGCUGUUGGCACUGUUACAGUAGCAUAUACUGUUAAUAUAUGAUAAUAAUAUUAUAUUAGAGCAAUGUCUUGAUAAAAACAAUUUAAAACACCCCAAAACAUUCUGAUAACGCAGAGAAAUGUGGUUAAAAUUAUUUGUGACCUAAAAUAUUUUGACGUAUGCAUUUAUCUCAGUUGUCACACACGAUUGCAAUUGUUAUUUCUAUUACUUAACCUAAAUUACCUUUUGAAAAAUGCAAUUAAUGCUUCUAUUGUUUUCAAAUAGUUUUUCAUUUUACUGCAAAUCAUUGGCUGGCCCUGCAAGAAAUUGAUAUGCAAGUAAAAAUACAAGACUUUAAAAUAUUUAAACUUCAAAAAAGUCCUAUUAACUCUUAGCACUAACAGCAGCAUGAAAACAGCUUGCUUCUGAAUAACCUGAGGCUGUAAUUUAAAUAAAGGUUAUCCAGCUUUUUUAUGCACUGGGGAUCACAGCACUACAAAGAUUAUAAGUUUUAAAGAUGUUGGACAAAGGUUGCUGCUUGAAAGAGAAGCUAUUUUUUAUGCAGAGCUUGAAAAGUAUUAACUCUGCAAGAUGUUUAAUAUUUAUGCUAUGUUUUACAUUCCUGUUUGGUUUUGUCAGCCUUCACAGCACACAAUACUGUAAGGAUUACUCUUAUGCAAUUUUAUCUAUUUAUAUUAUUUUAGAUUUGAGUGUGAAUUAAUGCUCAAUUAAUAAUAUUUGUGUUUGCAGUCCUUGAGUUUUUGUUGAAGUGUUUUUAAAAAAAAAUAUUACUUUGUAUGCAAGUCUUUUUUAAGUAAUUUGAGAUUCCGCAUAAUUACAGAAUCAUUAGCCCAGCCUUUUCUGAAACAUUGUAUUUUUUACUGUAAUUCACUUUAUUCAGAAAUCAUAAUUUCUAUCAAAUUUAGUUUGAAAUGUUUCUCCAUAGCAAGAAAAAACAGACAAACAGAUAAACCAGACUAUACAUCCAGUGUUGUGGCAGUUAUUAAUAUAACGAUGACCAAAUACACACUGUGGGUAUUACUGGCUGAUAUCUAGUUGUUUACAUCAAUAUAAAUACAACUAUUGACUGUUAACAGACAAAUGUACAUGAAAUAUCGAUUUAAGAUUAGCCAGCUUUUUUGACACAGUAAAUGUAAUUGCACGGUACGUUCCAGUUGACACGGCAAAAAAUAUGAAACAAAGAAACACCAGAGUUCCAGUAAUUGUUAGACAAAGAUUUGAAUUUCCUGAUUGUGUGCUUAUUCUAACCAUUUUAGGUCUAAUAUGCAGUAAUGCCCCUUUUUAAAGAGACUUCAUUAGUACAUUAACAUAACCUGAAGGGUCUGGAAAAAUAUCACAGUUAAGCGCUGUCCACUGUCUGUGUACUGUAGCUGCUGCAGAUUUCAGGCUCAAUUCUUCUUUAAACUGUUUAGAAAGGGUUUAUCAUUUAAAAAAAAAAUACUAUAAUGUCAGUUCUAGUUUAGACUGGAUACAUGACAGUGCGUUCAAAUUACAAAAAUAACCCUACUUUAUUGUUACAAUGCAGUGAAAACAAUAUGUUACAGUUACAGUAAUAGCAGCUGGGAAGCAUUGCCCAAGGGAAACAACUGAGAGCGAGUACCAAAUAGAAUGAAUGCUUCUGGGCAUUAGUGCCCAACCCUCAACAAAUCAGUAAAUGCCAGCCAGCCAACCAGCCAGCCAGCAGUCUCAUAAACACAGUCAGAAAUAGCAGCUAGUUGUGCAAACAACACAGGCUGCCUGACGCGGAUGAAAUAGCAAGAAGUAGCAGAUUUCAAACACGUCUUAAUUUCAGUUACGUUUCUGAAAUACCUUUCAAUUGUUGAUUUUAGAGGCUCACAUCAUAACUUGAAUGGUGUCAGAACAAAAUGGUAUAUGCCCACAAGGAUAUAAAUCAGGAAAUAACAGAAAAUAGAGACCGGUACAAAUAAUGUUUU